AUGGGAAAUCCAAACAUCCAUGAUGCAGAGAGAGCAAUCUUCCUGACGCCUUCCUUGGAGGAGGAGGAGCUGCUGGCUUGGAGCAAGAUCCGAAACUACUGCCAGGACUUCUUUUCCGAGUUCCUCGGGACCAUGACAUUGAUCCUGUUCGGCGAUGGUGUCGUUGCGCAGGUCGUGCUGAGUGGCGGCACCAAGGGUGACUACCAAAGCAUCUCCUGGGGUUGGGGAAUCGCCGUCAUGCUGGGCGUCUAUGUCGGCGGCAAAUCCGGCGGUCACCUCAACCCUGCGGUGACCUUGGCCAACUGCCUGUACCGCGGCCACCCCUGGCGUAAGCUGCCCGUGUACGCCCUGGCCCAGCUCCUCGGAGCCAUGGCCGGCGCCGCCAUCGUCUAUGGCAACUACAAGUCGGCCUUUGAUGCCUUUGAGGGGGGCGCCGGGAUCCGGACCGUGACGGGGCCUACCGCCACCGCCGGCGUCUUCUGCACGUACCCUGCGCCCUUCAUGACCCGAACCGGCAUGUUCUUCUCCGAGUUCGUCGCCAGCAGCAUCCUCAUGUUCUGCAUCUUCGCCCUGGCUGAUCCGAACAACAUCGGCGCUGGGAACCUGAUGCCGCUGUGCUUGUUCUUCCUCAUCUUUGGCAUCGGUGCUUGCUUCGGCUGGGAGACGGGCUAUGCCAUCAACCUGGCUCGUGACUUUGGUCCUCGGUUGGUGUCCUACAUGAUUGGAUAUGGUCAUGAGGUGUGGUCCGCGGGCGGUUACUAUUUCUGGAUUCCCAUGGUUGCCCCGUUCCUAGGCUGCGCAUUUGGUGGCUUUCUGUACGACGUCUUCAUCUUCACCGGCCCCAGCCCCAUCAACACCCCGAUGCUGGGACUGCAACGUCUGAUGCGGCCCCGCAGAAGCGUGUGGUCCAACACCCAUCAGUCCACCAUCGAGACGAAGGUCUAG